CCAAGAUGGCCGCCGUCAGCAAGGAGAGUCGUCGCUGAGGGGCUCCUGAGGCGAGGGGAUUCCUACCAUUUUCAGAGAAGCUUUUAGAAAGAACAAGCCUAAUUCAAUAAAUGAAGGAGAACAAAGAAAAUUCCAGCCCUUCAGUAACGUCAGCAAACCUGGACCACACCAAACCAUGUUGGUACUGGGAUAAGAAGGACUUGGCUCAUACGCCCUCACAGCUUGAAGGACUCGAUCCAGCCACAGAGGCCCGGUACCGCCGCGAGGGGGCUCGGUUCAUCUUCGAUGUGGGCACACGGUUGGGACUCCACUAUGACACUCUAGCAACUGGAAUAAUUUAUUUUCAUCGCUUCUAUAUGUUUCAUUCCUUCAAGCAAUUCCCAAGAUAUGUAACGGGAGCUUGUUGUCUGUUUCUGGCUGGGAAAGUAGAAGAAACACCAAAAAAAUGUAAAGAUAUCAUCAAAACAGCUCGGAGUUUAUUGAAUGAUGUACAGUUUGGCCAGUUUGGAGAUGACCCAAAGGAAGAAGUAAUGGUUCUGGAAAGAAUCCUACUGCAGACCAUUAAGUUUGAUUUACAGGUAGAGCAUCCAUACCAGUUCCUCCUCAAAUAUGCAAAACAACUCAAAGGUGAUAAAAACAAAAUUCAAAAGCUGGUUCAAAUGGCAUGGACAUUUGUAAAUGACAGUCUGUGCACCACCUUGUCGCUGCAGUGGGAACCAGAGAUCAUAGCAGUAGCAGUGAUGUAUCUUGCAGGACGAUUGUGUAAAUUUGAAAUACAAGAAUGGACCUCCAAACCCAUGUACAGGAGAUGGUGGGAGCAGUUUGUUCAAGAUGUCCCUGUCGAUGUUUUGGAAGACAUCUGCCACCAGAUCCUGGACCUUUACUCGCAAGGGAAACAACAGAUGCCUCAUCACACCCCCCAUCAGCUCCAGCAGCCCCCCUCUCUUCAGCCUACACCGCAAGUGCCACCAGUGCAACAGUCACAGCCGUCUCAAGGCUCCGAGCCAGCCCCACCCCCGCAGAAAGACUCCCAGCAGUCAGCACCGCAGCAGCAAGCAGCCCAGCAGCCCAAGAAGCCGUCCCCACAGCCUAGUCCUCCCCGGCAGGCCAAGCGCGCUGUGGUUGUUUCUCCCAAAGAAGAGAACAAAGCAGCAGAACCACCGCCACCUAAAAUCCCCAAGCUUGAGACCACUCACCCACCAUUGCCUCCAGCCCACCCUCCUCCAGACCGGAAGCCUCCCCUUGCCGCUGCCUUAGGCGAGGCCGAGCCACCAGGCCCAGUGGAUGCCAGUGACCUUCCCAAAGUGCAGAUCCCUCCUCCGGCCCACCCGGCCCCCGUGCACCAGCCACCACCGCUGCCACACCGGCCCCCGCCCCCACCUCCCUCCAGCUACAUGACCGGCAUGUCCACCACCAGCUCCUACAUGUCCGGCGAGGGCUACCAGAGCCUGCAGUCCAUGAUGAAAACGGAGGGCCCCUCCUACGGUGCCCUGCCCCCAGCCUACGGCCCACCCGCGCACCUCCCCUACCAUCCCCAUGUCUAUCCUCCUAACCCUCCCCCGCCACCUGUGCCCCCCCCUCCUGCUUCCUUCCCCCCACCCACCAUUCCCCCUCCCACUCCAGGCUACCCGCCUCCACCCACCUACAACCCCAACUUCCCACCUCCACCCCCACGCCUGCCCCCCACCCAUGCGGUCCCACCCCACCCUCCUCCAGGCUUGGGUCUACCACCGGCUAGCUACCCACCUCCUGCUGUCCCCCCUGGAGGACAGCCACCAGUGCCCCCACCCAUCCCCCCUCCGGGCAUGCCACCCGUGGCGGGGCUGGGGCGCGCAGCCUGGAUGAGAUAACCUGACACCUCUUUUCCCUUGGUUGGUUUUUGUUUUUUUUUAACCAGUUUUUUUCUAAUCAACUUGAGUAGUUUAAGUGGGUAAGCAGCAGGGUACCUUGGAUAAUCUAGACAACUGCAGUGUGGCAGGAAGGGGUGAAAUCGGGGAGGUCCUUCCUCACACCGGGAGGGAGGGGACAGCCGGCUCCGGGGUGGCCCCCGCAGCACCUCGCGGCCUCACGCACGUGGUUUAAGCUGAUGUGGCAUAAGAGUCCUGCGCUGGGUUCCUUUAUACUAGUGAAAUGUUGGCCGGCCACAUUGGCUCAAUAAAUAGCUUCCCUAGGGAGUGAAUUUCCUUCUAGAAAUCAGUGCCUAUUUUUCCUGGAAACCAUUUCAGUAGUCCACCUCCAUUCAAAGUCAAGCUGUUGUCCUCUCGUUCAGCGGCGUCUGCCCAUGGCGGCUUUGCAGGUAUCCAUGUCCUCUGUCCUGAGAUUCUCUUGAAGGGGUGGCCUUGUGGGGUGGCUGGUCUCUUUUUCCUCCGAGAUGGGGAGAGGUGUACUUGGAAAGUAAUGUAUGUUUACAUCUAUUUGCAAAUUCCUGUACAUAAAGAUAUAUUUUUUAAGUGUGAACAUUAUCAGCAUACUGUGAAUUCCAUCUUGGUUAAAAAUGAGACUCCUUCAGUCCGUUAUCCAAAUAAAAUCAGUUCUGAAUCGA